AUGGCGGCGCAGCUUCUUGACUUGGAAAAAAAGAGCACUUCGGAAAUAUUUGAUACUGCCAAGAAGCUAGGAUUCACCAAUAAGGGGGAGAUGUUCUCAGCGGAAUGGCUCCGUCAGUUGGCGGUCUCAUUGUGGCCAAUGCACUCCUCGGUGACCCUCGUUACCGGACGCUUCCUUAUUAAUCAAUCUGAUCGAUUCUGGUGCUGCUGUGCUUGUUGCUUACGACUGUGCGAAAAAUUACGAACCAGCUCUGCGACAUGGGCACGGAGCUCAUUGGGCUUUACUGGUAGCAGCAUUCUUGUGGUCACCAAGACUGAAAGAAGUCUGCUCCUCGCAGUAGCGUUGACAUUCAUACGCCUGCGUGUCGGAUAUCUAUACGUGGAUAUGGAUGCAAAAGAUAUUCGUCCCGCUGCAGAUGUUGUUGUGAAAGAUGAAGAUGCCUUUUAUGUUUUCGCUUACCAUGGCAAAAGCAAGCAUAUGGGGCUGUGGUCUUACUCCAGCCUUCGGCAGAGCUCGUUCAAUCUGACUGAUGCAGGACCGGAACGGAAGGAACCCGACUAUGUUUUACCACCUGAUGGCCUCUCCCAGUUAUGUGGGAAGUGCGUCAUUCUAGAAAAGGAGAUCGCAAAAUUAUAG